AUGCCGAAAGUGGAGUCGGCACGUGAUCGGAAGGGAAAGAACGACACGAAACGACCCUUUAGCCCCGGUAGGGGCCCGACGCAGAUCUAUACUCUUCGUUCUCUUUCAGUGCACUUCCAGAAGAUCAUCCACCGCGACAUCAAGCCGUCGAAUCUGCUGCUCGGAGACAACGACCGAGUCCGGGUGGCCGACUUCGGGGUGUGCAACGAGUUCGACGGCAGCGACGCCCUCCUCAGCAACACCGCGGGGACUCCCGCCUUCAUCGCCCCGGAAGCCCUGCGAUGUCGACGGGGCACCUACUCCGGCAAGGCGGCCGACAUGUGGUCCAUGGGGAUAACUUUAUAUGCUCUGGUGAUGGGGGACGUCCCUUUCCGAGACGAGAACAUCAUGGCUUUAUACCACAAGAUUCAGAACGAACCUCUGAGCUUCCCGGACGCCCCGCGAGUGUGCGAUUCUCUCAAGGACCUCAUCGCCAAGCUUCUUCACAAGGAUCCCGGCGAGAGACUCACCCUGCCACGAGUCAAGGAGCACGAGUGGGUGACGAGAGGCGGGAAGAAUCCGCUGCCUUCGGAGGAGGAGAAUUGCACGAACCUCGUGGAAGUAACGGAGGAGGAAGUGAAGAACAGCGUGAGAUCCAUCCCCAAGUUGGAUACUUUGAUCCUCGUCAAGUCCAUGAUCAAGAAACACAGUUUCCAGCACCCGUUUAAGGUCAAGUUCCAGAUGAACGGACGAUCCAAUUCCGCACCGGGAUCCUACGAUUCUCUCCUCUCCAGGAAGAUGUCUCUGGAUGCAAAGCUUCCAGCCGUGGAUGAGAAAAUAGGGAGGUGAUACGUCGAUGAAACUCAUACAAUCACUUUCCUGCAAUCAAAGAAAGGCAUUCGGAACACCAAAGAUAGCGCGUAAUCUGGUCAAAUCAUAAAUUACUUAUUUCUGCCAUUCUUUGCUACUUCUAUAUAAAAGCUUUCAUCUCGUCUUCUUUUGCGAACGAAGUGACUUCAGCGAGACUGAGAGCUGAUGCUGUGAUGUACACAUCAAGGGAAAUUGGAUAUAGACUUAUAAAGGCUUCCCUGCCCGUAUCACGAUGGGUCGCCAUAGUCCCUCUCAACAAUCUCCAAUUAUCUGAAGGGAUUUUUUUUCAUGGGAACUGAAGAGAAUGAAUGUCUCAGAAGAAUGGAGAAUAAUAACGUCUGUCUUCCAGCAUCUCACUCAUCAUCAUCGCACUUCUGCUUUCGUUCUUCCAUAGAACAUCACUGCAUGCUUGUUGAAAUAUAGUCCGUCUCCAUCUCUCGCUGGAAUCUCCUGAGAAUUAUGCCGAGAGAGAUAAUGAUGAAAAGGUGUUGCAUAGAAAAAGAUUGGCAUCUGAAGAGAUCCAUAUUUCCCGUCCGUUGCCAUCGUUGCUCCAUCCGAUUAAGAAAUGUCUUCUUCCUCCACUGUGGUAAAUAAAGUGCAUCAAGAUGUCCAAGAAAACUAAAAAGAUAGACGUAGACCAUGAUACGCUCAGGAAUGAAGAGUGGAUUUUGAGCCCGUCCAUCGUCUGCUAGUGUGAUCCCAAGUUGCGGAUGGAUUCUUCUCAACUGGGAAUUCAAUCUUCAGAAAUGGACCAGAGGAAAUAUGCCAACUGAGAAUGUAAAAGGGUGAACUGGCAGUACCUGGAGUCCUUCCAGCCUCAUAUUUUCAAAGUUUGUAUUGUGAACGAAAUUCACUGUGCGCAUGAGGAUCUCCCUGUUGCUCAUGGUGAGAAUUAGAUAUUGCCAUCAUGUAACGCAGAAGAAAUCUCUCCUUCCCUGCUAGCUCAUCAACUUCUGAGUGUGUGCAAAGCAGGGGCAAUAAAAUGGAAAUCUGCAGGAGUGCAUGGAGGGCACCUCGUUUUAGAGGGACCCCAUUCCCCUGAAUGUGUCAUCUUCAACUGUCAUAUCUCCAAGGAGCUUUUUGAGUACAAUUCCACUGCCUUUCUGACUUGAGGGAGGAAGGAAUCUAUCAAUCACACUUGCACAUGUUUUUGUGAAAAAACCUCUCAACCUUUACAAUCACGCACGGUGCUGUCUUCGUGUUUUCUUUCCCUUUCCUUGUCUUUAUGGUUCUCUUUACCAUCUAUAACACAAUGUGAUUCUCGCCAUCAUGACAUGUAUCCUGUGGAAUGCACAUAUCAUGUAUGAAAAUAAACAAUCCAUGACACGUC